AUGGUCCGGAUGAGGCCUCUGCCUUCGGUUAUUGAUUUCGCCCAACUGCUUGGCCGUGUGGUCAAGAUGAAGCAAUAUUCUGCUGCUAUUUCGAUUUACAAAGAUAUGUGCUUCUUGGGUGGUAUUCCUAUUAAUGACUAUACCAUGAAUAUGGUCAUUAAUUGUUACUGCCUCUUAGAUAGGACUGAUUGUGGUUUUUCUGUUCUGGGAUCCUUCCUCAAGCACGGUUAUUUGCCUGACGUUUGCCUUUUUACCACUUUACUCAAAGGGCUAUUUGGACAAGGUAAGGUUCUUGAGGCACAAGAGUUAUUCAGGAAGAUAAUAUGUGGAAAACUAUGUCAACCCAAUGAUAAAAUGUUUGGGACUGUAAUAGAUGGGCUGUGCAAGGUGGGGAACACUCGUGCAGCCAUUGAAUUUUUGAGGAUAAUGGAAAGAGGAAAGUGCAAGCCCGAUACCAUCGUGUACAGCACCAUCAUUGACAGCUUAUGCAAGGAUAGGAUGGUGGAUGAAGCUCUUGCCCUUUUCUCUGAGAUGAUUGAUAAGGGCAUUCCCCCAAACGUCAUCACUUGUAGUUGUUUGAUUCAAGGGUUGUGUAAUAAUGGUAAAUGGAAAGAUGCUGAAAACAUCUGGAAUAGGAUGGUUGAUUAUAAUAUUUCUCCUAAUGUUUAUACAUAUAACAUCGUGGUUGAUGCGCUUUGUAGGGAAGGAAUGAUCGAAGAAGCCGAGAAGGUAAUUCAUACCAUGAUUCAACAGGGCAAGAGUGCUGAUAUGGUCACCUAUAAUUCACUGUUGGAUGGCUACUGUCUAAUAGGCCAGAUUCCUGGUGCAAAAAGAGUUUUUGAUCUGAUGAAUGAUGGAGGAGUAGCUCCUGGAUUGAAACCUUCAGUUGCUACUUAUAACAUUGUCCUGCAGGGCUUAUUUAGGGAGGGAAAGUGUGCUACUGCAAAACGAAUUUUCAAUGAGAUGCAAGCUGCUUCACUAAAUCCUAAUUUUUACACUUAUUGUGUCAUUUUGGAAGGUUUCACGAAGAAUGCAAAUAUGAAUGAAGCAUUGUUAUUAUUAGAGAGGAUGGACUCUGACCGGGUAGACCUUGACAUUACCAUGUUCAAUAUCAUCAUUAAUGGGUAUUGCAAGAAGGGGAUGCUUGAUCUUGCACAAGACAUUUUUCAAAGUCUUCCUAAUAAAGGAUUGCAUCCUAAUGUUGUGACAUACAGUACGAUGAUAAAAGGACUUUGUGAAGCAGGAAAGCUGAAAGAAGCUAAAGAGUUUCUUGUGAAAAUGAAAGAUGAUAACUGUUUGCCAAAUGCUGUUACUUACUGUUAG